AUGUUGAAACACAAAUUACUUGUUUUGUUGGCAUAUUUAAAUUAUGCGAUGUGUCCGAGCGAAUACUGUAUGGGAUAUCAAAACUUGUUGCUUACGCAUAACGACAUUGAGGAAAUUUUGUAUAGAAUUAAUGAAAGGAGAAAUUUCAUAGCCAUGGGCCAUUUUAGAUAUUUUCCUCAAGCGGCUAAUAUGAACAAAGUUACUUGGUCAAUGGAAUUGGCAUACAUUGCACAGCGCUGGGCUGACCAAUGCGACUCAACAAUUAGACCGGAUAAAGAAGAUGAGUGUCGGGAUUUAGGAACGGCUAAAGUUGGACAGAACAUAGCAACAAUUACGGGAACAAGCAAAGGUGUAAGUAUGAAGAGUUUUAUCGACAUGUGGUUCAUACAAUCAUUGGCUUACACUGGCAGCGUGACAUAUUAUAACAUGUCAAGAAACAGUAAGAGCAAUUAUUUUACGCAGUUAAUAUGGGCUAAGACGAACAAAGUUGGUUGUGGAAGAGCGCGUUUUUAUAUUAAUCUUCAACCAGUGGAUAGGCUCGUUUGUAAUUUUUCUCCUGGAGGUAAUGUGCAAAGACGUCCACUCUAUAUAAUAGGUUACCCGGGAACACAAUGUGAUGAUGGAAUGGCUGUUGAUCUUCAGUUUCCUGGUUUAUGCUGUAUCACAGAAGUAAAAAAGGAUAGAAUAAGAAGGGAAACUGAUGAUCCAGUGACUUUUAAACCAUUUUGGCAAGUAGAUCAGUACAGCAGACAACCUCAGUUAAAGUCAAUGCGAUACACAACAUUACCACAUAAAAAAACUCGCAAACGACGUCCGAUGACGCCAAGUACACAAAAAAUAAAACUUGCUACGGAGCCAAUAACCAUCGCAAUUACAGGCAAUAUAAAACACCCUACUGAAAAAUAUUUAUCAUUUGAUGAAUUGCUGCGACUCAGAAAACUCAAUGCUAGUGACUACAAUGCCAGGCGAUCUAAUGAAGCUACAACAGCAGCACCUGCAACUGAAACUGAAUCCAGCACCUCUGAAUACACUGCAAAUACACCGUUCCUUCGCUUAAAACAUUGUACUAGGAAACUAACGUGUACGUGGACCGCUGCUUCAUCAGGCGAAAAUGAAGGAAACGCCGAUAUUGGUAACAGAGGAUCACGAACGCCACCAGGAUAUGUCGAAGGUUGUACUAGAACAUCUACUUGCACCCGCGACUAUAUGCACAGAAACAAAAUGGAUACUUUACCAACGCCAAGUACUGAACCUGAAGUGGACGAGGGCAAUGACGAAGAUUACUGUGAAAAACGCUCCUUAAAUGUUCGAAGACGGGAUUCUAAUCAAGAACUUGUAUCUCUGUCUACAGAAUUUCCUCUAAAAAAUACAUUAAUUAAAAUACUUGAUAGUGAAAAUAUGGAAAACGAAAACAGUAACCUACAAAAGGAAGAUGAAACCAAUUCAGAAUAUUGUAGCUGCGAUGAUGAUUAUUUAAGAAAUAAAAGAGAUAGUGAUCUUGUAUCCAGCUCAAAGAAUGGUGGUAAAUCUGAGAGAAUGUUUAAAAGAGAAAUUGAAAGCUAUAAUACAUUAUCUUAUGGAUACGGGCUGAUUCCUUAA